AAACCAUCCCAGUGCCAACGGAUUAUAGAAUUAUUUUAUUUUAAAGUUAUUCCAUUACUAACUUAAUUAGAAACAAUGAAGUUCUUAUUGGCAUUGUUUGGAUUUAUCGCCGCGGUCGCAGCUCAAGAUAUUCUACUGGAAAGUUACCCAGUAUGGUACAUACCACGCGGCCACGUAGAGGAGUACCAGAGACAUCGCCGUGACGUCACAUUCGACCACAAGACUGACAAUGGCCGCGUAUUUGGUACACUCGGACAAAACGACGCCGGUCUAUUUGGCAAAGGUGGUUACGAGCAUAACUUCUUCGACGAUCACCGAGGCAAGCUGGACGGACAAGCGUACGGCACGAGAGUGCUCGGACCUUAUGGCGACUCAAGCCAUCUCGGUGGAGCCCUUAACUGGCGCAACGAUAAUGCUGCCGCCUCUUUAGACGUCAGCAAGAUGAUACAUGGACCUACUUCUGUGACAGCCGGCGCGGGUGGAGCGUGGCCUGUUGGUAAGAACGGCGAUUUCUCUCUACAAGGCACGUAUGGAAAAACUGGCGGAUACAAUUCUGAAUUUGGUGGUUUGGCUAAAUUCAACUACCGCUUUUGAAGCAUUGAAGAGUUGUAAAUUAUUUGUAAUUCAUGUGAUAUUUUGUUAAUAUAGUAUUUUUA